UGAGUUAAGGUCUAAAAAUGUAGACAAACAUAUAGAUGUGGGUAGAUUAGUUUUGAACAUGAGUAGGCAGUUAAUUCUGUAAAGUAUUCGUUGAGUAGUAACUGAGAGUUCAGUGAAGUAUUCAGUUUGUGAAAGAUCGAGUAGCUGUUUUUCGAGAGAAGAUUUAUCGAGUAAAAUUAAUAAGGAAAAUGAUGAAACGAAUUAGACUUGCAACUUUUGAUGUUACCAACACAUUGCUUAAAUUUAAAAUUCCAAUUGGAGAAGAGUACUCCCAAACAUCAAAUCUUUAUGGUAUUCAGAGUGAUGCAGCUCAGCUGAAUGCAGCAUUCAAAAGACAGUGGAAGAUUUUGAAUAAACAACAUCCAAACUUUGGAGCCACUUCAGGAAUUGAACCACAGACUUGGUGGACUAAUAUGGUAGGAAAAACAUUUCAUGAUGCUGGAUAUGAUUAUUUGAAUCAAACACAACUUCAGACUUUAUCUCGCCACUUGUUUAAAGCAUAUAGUACAAAAGCCUGUUGGGAGAUUCAGCGUGGAACACACACACUCUUGCAGAACCUUGCAAAGGCAAAUAUACAACUUGGUAUUAUUUCCAACUUUGACAACCGCUUACAAGGCAUCUUGAGUGAAGUGGGUCUUCUACACAAUUUUGAUUUUGUUAUUGACUCUUAUUCAGUAAAGGUCAAGAAGCCCAGUCGGAAGAUCUUUGAUUUGGCCUUGGAGCAUGUCAAGCACUUAAAGAUUUCACCAGACCAAGCUGUUCAUAUAGGAGAUGACUUGGAGGAUGACUAUCUAGGAGCCAAGAAUUCUGGUUGGAAUGCCCUGCUCUUGACCAAAAAAAAUAGCCUCUCAUCGGAGCAACUAAAAUUUGUUAAUGCAAGCCAUAUUCUAAAUGACCUAAGGGAAGCUGAAAAGCACAUACUGGAAUCUGAUAUUUUGAGCACUUAAAAACUGUCUCUCAAAAAUUGAUAGCUCUGAUAUUUCUGUAGAAGACAAAGUACUUGCUUGUAUGUCCUUUGUUGUUUAUCUUCAUAUUUCUAAUGUGAAAGUUUGUAUCAAAAUCUUUUCCAGUGGCUUUGUUCAUUUAAACAGAACUUAUCGAUUAAUACCAGAGUUUUAUGUGAGAGAGCCACCUUAAGCAGAUUGUGUUGAUUACUACCAGGGUUUGUGUA